CACACUCGCUUGAACGGAUCGGUAAAUACCAACCCAAAAUGGUAAAUACCAUUUUGAUUUGGUUAUCCGCUUGAAUUUGAUUUGUGUCUAUGAACAGUCUAGUUUUUCCAUUGUCGCUGGAUGAUUCCAUAAACCAUAAGCGGCAACGCUGCCAAGGGAGGAAAUGUCAGUGUCAAAAAUUUCAUGACGUGUGCGGCCCACAAAAUGAUAACAGUAAUUUGUUUAUAUAGUAUUUUCCUCCAAAUUUAAAUAGUUUAAAUUUGAAGAAACCAGAAUCAAAUUCAGCUGUGCUGGAUUUGUGUAACUGUCAAGCAGAAUAUGACAGGGCAGUCAAAAAUUGUAGCGAUAUUUGCUUAAGGAACUUCAUGAUGGAAAUUGGCAAAGGAAUAUCGUGUGCCCAGUUCAAAUUUUACAAUAACUUUGAUUCUGCUAACCUUGCCAAAGUGGAGUAUAUCCCUCAGGAUGAUAGCGCUCCCGCCAGAAACAGUAAGUCAGCGAUCCAUGACACCUGUGAUGCUGAAUUCAAUGUGUGGACGAAACCAGACUGUGCUGGUACCCCAUUUGAAAACGGAAACCGUACGUGGUUCUAUUUCGGCUUGCAAGCACCAAAAUCAUGUAUGUGCGUAUGUCUCAAUCUGGUCGAUCUCAACAAGCAGGCCAAAAUGUAUAGUCAAGGUAUGGCUCCCGUGUAUAGAGUGUUACCUGGUAGGCCACGAUGGGAUCGCAUCCAAGACAAACCUGUAUAUAGUUUGAACGAAGACAUUUUCACUUUGAGCUUCAAAUUUCGAACUCCCGAAAGUAUAGACAGCAUUAUGUAUUUCGCUUUCACGUAUCCGUUCGCUUAUUUGGAAUUAGAGAAGAUGAUGGUGAAUUUGGACAACAGGUACCUUCACGUGAAGCCUUUAUGCGAGGAUGAUAUUUACUAUGUACGAGAGACGAUAAUUCGUUCUAUCGAAGGAAGAAAUGUGGAUCUGAUCACUAUAUCUUCGUAUCACGGAAUCACUGCGGAGCGAGAGCCGCGCCUAAAAAAUAUAUUCGCAGGAGAUACACCUAGGCCAUUCAAGUUUAUCGGAAAAAAGGUUAUCUUCGUAUCGGCGAGGGUUCAUCCUGGCGAGACGCCUUCCAGUUUUGUGUUCAACGGCCUACUCAACCUGCUGCUGAAUAGGGAUGAUCUGACCGGCCAGUCGUUGCGCAGACUUUACGUUUUCAAAAUGAUCCCGUUUUUAAAUCCGGACGGAGUAGCGAAGGGACACUACCGGACCGACAGCAGGGGCGUCAACCUCAACAGGGUCUACCUUAAUCCCAACCUCGCUGAACAUCCAAGCAUUUACGCAGCUAGGUCUCUGAUCAGAUAUCACCAUUUUGGUAUCGAGAAAGAAGAUAUAAUUCCGAAAUGUGAUGAAUGUAAAAAUCUACAAAGAAAUCAGACAGACGGCAGCUAUGUAGUCGAAGCGAAACCAUCAAGUGAAACUGCAAUUGACAAAAGAGCUUCACACGUAUUGUUCGAUGAAGGAGACGCUUCUUCGAAGCCGUGGUGCACUAGGUGGCACAACUUCUGUCGAAUGUGCGGCUGUCCGUUAAAACAUACAGAUAGCAAAGAGGAGGUGACGUUCGAGAAAGCGGUCGUGGGCAGCCACGGUGACGUGAACUCAAACGAGUCCGGUCUCUUUAUGUACGUCGAUCUACACGGACAUGCCUCCAAGAAGGGCGUCUUCAUGUACGGCAACCACUUUGACGACGCGGAGCGAAACGUAGAAUGUAUGCUGCUGCCAAAGUUGAUGAGUAUCAACAACCACAAUUUUCAUUUUAACGCGUGCAACUUCACCGAGAGAAACAUGUAUCUUAGGGAUAAGACAGAUGGCAGGAGCAGAGCCGGAUCUGGGCGAGUGGCGGUGCUAUCUUUAACCGGAAUAAUAAAAAGCUACACUCUCGAAUGCAACUACAACACGGGAAGAUUAGUGAACGUAUUACCUCCUACCACAAAAGAACCGUGCGGAAGGAUGCAUUCCAUAAAUGUUCCGCCAAAAUAUACACCGCACGUAUUUGAAGAAGUUGGCAGAUCGCUGGGUUCGUCGAUCCUCGACUUGACCGGUCACAAUCCAUUCUCCCGGCUUCCUAACAGCGAGUUUCAUACUCUGAGCGGCUUACGCGACUGGCUGCGUAACUUACAGACCGCAAGCAACGUGGACGGUGCUUUCCGGAGGAGAUGUUAUCCUAAAGGGGCACGACUCAGGCCUAGUACAGCCGGCGCAUCCGUCCCAUUACAGCUCUAAUAUGCAGUUUUGAUGUGUAUAUAUUUAUAUUAAAAAUAUACCUCAGACUCGAUCGUCGCGUACGAAGGCCUGCGGUACAGUUGUAGCAGUUUCCACGGCCGGAAUCGUCGCGUCGAAACGACAUCACAAGAGACGUCCGGCGAUCCCACCGGACCGGAAGGAGAAUCUUACUGUGCAACCCAUAGCCAGCGGUUCUAAAACAGUUCCCAGAGAUCUGCAUAAGUGUUUCAAGGCGAAAUCGCGCAAGGAUCUCACGCUGAAGCUGGCAGCUAAAGAAAAAGGAUCUGGGAUACCAAAGAAAAUAGCAACGUCAAGUAUAAAUUUGACCAAAAGACCAAUGCAUAGAAACUCGGACCGGAGGGAUUUGAGUCUUAAGGCAUCUACGGAUUCCAAGUCGAAGUCUGAUGUUUCGCCAACAUUCAAGUCAAAUAAGAUCAGUAACGUUGAAGAUGAUGUAACCGGUAGAGAACCUUCAACCGACGACUACGUUCAGCUGCGCGAAAUACGCUUCUAUAAAAACCACGAAGGGUGCAAAACCGUCGUAGCUACCUACGAGAACGCGGAUUUUGACGAUGACAGUCUUGUGGUGUCAUGGAACGCGACUUCCAGAGAACGACCUCGGAUCUAUACUCGCAAGACGCGCGUAUUGUCCGCACCACCGUUCGGGGGCAAGAAGAUUAGCGAGUUGAUGUCGGCUGGAGGGAAGCGGCCAGGAGGUGUGCGGGUGCAUACUUUCAAUAAGGAAGCCGGGACUGUUUCCAAUAGGCCAAAGAAGGUUGGGUUGCGUCGAUUGGCCAGCAACGUUGAGAUUGAAACCAAAGAGAAGAGAAAAAAGAAAGUGAAGAAGGGCAAGUAAUUACGUGUAUGCGAUUUGUAAGAUGUAUAUGUAUAUUGAUGCAAUAAAGAGAAACUACCGAUAAUCUGGA